CUAACAUUAAUAAAAUGAUACAGCGAGAACAAGACACGUGGUCAGUAAAUAAGGGCGUGACCACACCCUACACCCCAUUCAGGAGCAAAGCUCAAAGGCGUAGAGGGUAUGGACAGCCUGAAGGCCUUGGGUUCGGGGAUAUCAACUCACCAAAAUUGAGAGAUCCUACCAGGGAGAUAUCCCACACAGUUUUCCCAUCGCGAGUCGAAGCAAGCCAAUUAAGAUACGUUGAUGAUGACGGUGAUAUUGGCCUUUUUAGUCCAACCAUUAAGAGGAGCCGCCAAGAGGUGUCCCUUCUGAAUGACGAUACCUCAAGACUAAUGGAGUCAGUCCUAAGAAAAAAUAUUCAUAGCAGCAUGGACGUGAAUGCCAGUGUGUCUCAAAACAUUUCCUCUGAUUUGCUGUCCUUACUGCAAACCCCCAAAAUUGCCCGUAAGAGGAAACCACUGAACCGUUCUGUGGGAGAGUCACCUCUUGCGGACACCCCACAGUCCAUACUUAAGGUGCGCCAGAUGGUACAAAGACCCAUGAGUCCAUCAGCAACCAGCGACACUUCCAUCCCAGUGUUCCCGAGAAUUACCAAGAGAGCCAGUAUCUCCAGUGAGGAGGUUGUGACAAGCAAAGUCAACGAUACUAGCAUGACCCCCAAGCAACUACGUUUCCACCUCCCCAAGAUGAGAACAGAAGGAGAGAGCAACAGCAAGGAAGAAGUGCUGGAUAGGGAUGAAGAGGAUGAUCUGACACCCUUGAAACUUGAUGUGGAAGAGGAUGAGGAGCAAGAGGAGAUUGAUGAGGCAGUGGAGAUUGAUGAGGCAGUGGAGGAGGAGGAGGAAGAAGAAGAGGCGAUGGAGCAGGAGGAGGAGGAGGAGGAUGAAGAGGAUGUUGCAGAAGUCGAUGAUGAAAAGGAAGUUGAUGAAGAGGAGGAAAAGAUAGCUGCUGAACAAGAAGUAGCAGAGGAAGAGUCUAUAGACAUGGAGGAGCCAUUUAGGAAGACAGAAGCUGAGGAACAAGAGAUGGAGGAUGUAGAGGUAGAAGAGGAAGAAACAGAUGAAAUGGAAUGCAAUGAGGAAGAGAAAGAAACAAGCAGCGGAAACUGGAUUGCCGUGUCACCUCGUCCAGAAAUCCACAAUAAGAAGCUAAGCCCAGUGAGGCGGAAGUCUACUGGAAUCCCAUCGCCACGGCAACCUCUGCCUGGCUACGUGGCCAAAACAACUCGGGCAGAAGCAAUGUUACCCCAGAGUGUCUUCAAGGAGUGUGCUGAUGCAGAUGAAGUGGAUGCAAGUAGAGCUUCUGAGGAUGAAGUAGAUGUUGAGUAUCCGAGCCGGGAGACAACAGUGAAUGAGGACUUUUAUAGCUUCACGGAAGAGGAUGACUUCAAUGUCUCCGAAAAGUCUGCAAUAUCUUCAGCAGGAGAUGAGGUGACCAAGGAAUCUGAUGCAAUGGCUGAUAGAGUAGAACAAAGGGAACUUGACUCUGAGAAGCCAAGUGAAACAGAUGAGAAAAUAGAAUGCAGCCUUAAUGAACUGCAAAACAAUGGCCGUGGUAUCAUUGAAGUCCAACGGGUAGAAUAUGUAGUAGAAACCUCCAAACAGGAAGUCCAUCAUGAGGAGGUAAAUAAAUCUGUAUUGAUAGAGAAAGAGACGCUCAUCCCAAGAGAACCUGAGACCAAAGAGGAGAAGUUACAGCAGCAACUCAAUGAAUCAGAACAUUUUGGCACUCUACAAUUUUCAGAUUCUGAGAGCGAAGAUGAAUCAACAACAAAAGACCAGCUUCAAGAAGAAGCUAUUACUGUGACCAGACAGGAAUUUGUAUUAGAAGAGAAUGGUGGCAGUGCAGAAAAUGAAGAGGAGAUCAUUGAGAAGCUGUCUGAGGAAGAGGAAGAGAUGAUAGUUGAAGCUCUCUCAGAAGAGGAAGAUCUGAGUCUGGUUCUAGAUACAACAGAGCGAUUCAGCCCUCUGCGAUUUUCAGAUUCUGAAAGUGAAAACGAUGGUUCUGACGGUGAACAGGAGAAAGGAAUUGAUAGAAAUGGAACAGAUAACAAGACUUUUGUAGAAUUAAGUGAAACCAAAGACAAAGAGGAAAUUAAGGUUGACGCUUCCCAGCGACAUCCCGUAAGUGUGCAGGUUUUCAAAACAGAGAUAGUCUCAGAGACAAAAGUCAUCAGGAAGACUGUAGAUUCUCCAUUACCGAAGGAAUCUGUCUUCACAGAGACCAGAUCAGAAACUAUCAGUGUAGAGAACAAUAAUGAAGAAAUUGCAAAAUAUAUUGAAGAGGAUGUAUCAAAGAAGAAUAUAACUGGUACAGAGACAGGAGAACCAAUUGCAAGCAGUGAAGAAGGAGUAUCAUAUACCUCAUCAACAAAUGGAUCAUCAGAACUAAACCACAAAGCCGUAGAAACAAUAUCAUUUCCAGACAUCUCAAAGUCCUCGACUGAGGUGCUGGAAGAUCAGUCAGAAAAAUUGGACAUUCCAUCUGCAGCAGACUCCAUGGACGUGGAUGAAGGACAGAGUGAGGUCAUUCAUCAAGAGAGCAAAGAAGUGGAAGUCCCGGAGAAAGACAUAGACGCAGGCAAAAAGGAGAGUGUUGCCGAAAAAAUGGAAGAAGAGAUGGGUACAUCUGUAGUAGAUGGUGUAGUUGGCUCUAAAGUAAGUGUCUUAGUAGAAAAAGAAAAUAUGGAGACAGAUGAAACUGAAGAGAAGGUAAAUGCUGAAGUUGAGUCUCAGCUAGAACAGGAAGCUGUAGAAAGAGCAGAAAUUGGUAGAUUAGAUGUUACACCUCCUGAGGAUUCCAAGGAGGAAAAAACUGUUGAUUUAGAAGAUGGUGCAACAGCCACUGAUGGUACUGUAAUUAAGUCAGACAUUGUGGAAAAUAGAGAUACUCAGGUUAGCAAGAAGAUUGAAGAAAUGAUUCAAGAAGUAGAAAGCAGUCCUUUAGAGGAAAGUUCUAAACUUCCUACUAGACCAGAAACACCAACUAGAAAAGCUGAGGAAGUGCCAGAAACUUCAAGGGUAGCUUCAGUGCGAAGAAGUAGAAGAGUCAGCACAUCAUCACCAGCCACUCCUGCAACCCCAAGAAGAAGUCGAAGGACAAGUGGCAAUACAGCAGAUGAACCAGUGACUCCUGCCCACAAAAGUUUAAGUGAAGUUGCCUUUGAAAGGGUGACAAGGUCAGGAAGAAAGAUUGGACAGGUGCCAACGCCGGUUACAAAGAAGCGGGCCACAUCUCCCACGUCUAACCUUGUCUUGUCAGGGAGGAUGCAGAGAAGAGCCUCAGCAGCAGCAGAGGAAGUGCAGAAAGUGACUCAGAGGCUGGAGUUGUCUACUGAUGAAACUGAGGAGGCACCUGCAGCAGUUCAGGAACCAGAGUCUGUGUCUAUAGCCACUCAUGAUGUCCUGCCAACUCCACCCUCAUCACCUACAACUCCAUCCACAAGGAGACGAAGGAGGCAGAGCUCUGGAGACGCUGAAGCUUCUGCCACCAAAUCCCCGAGUAGGCGUUCUACCAGACAAAGUGCCUUGGAUGAGUCUUUAGGGACAAUUCAAGAAGAAGCAGAGGUAUCAGAGAGUCUAGAGAUUAUAGCUCCAAAAAGUAAAACCACCCCUAGGAAAUUAGAAGGUACUCCCACCAAAGCAACUCCAACUAAAUCCACACCAACAAGGACACGCAGAAAAUCAGCCAAACAAGCUGCUGGCAUUGAGAGCUUAGAAACAAUUAAAGAGGAUGCAGAACUUUCAACUGGUUUUGUGCCUCUUGUUUUAGAUGAACAGAUAACAGGAACUCCAUCCCGAAGAACUCGUCGCUCACUUGCAGGAGAGACCAGUCGCACGCCUGGCACUCUUACACUUGGAGAGGUUUCAGAGACCACACCUGAAACCAAGACCCCAUCACGUACCAGAAGAAGGUCCAUAUCAAAGGCGUCAGAAGCCACUCCUGAAGUCAAGACUCCUAUGCGUACAAGGCGGCAAUCUGGUGCAUCUGAUGUUUCUGACAUUGCAGUGGAAGCUAAGACACCAACACGAAGGACACGGAAAUCUGUCACAAAGGAAGUGUUAGAAGUCACACCAGAGAAGAAAACUCCUGCAAGGACAAGAAGACAGUCAGUGUCCUCUGAUGUGUCAGAAGCAGCUCAGGAGGUCAAGACACCAACACGCAGGACACGCCAGUCUGUUUCAAAAGAAUUAAUGGAGACUGUCCAAGAAGCCAAAACUCCAGUCCGCACAAGAAGACAGUCUGCUUCAUCUGAAGUGUCAGAGGCUGCUUCAGAAACCCACGUGAAGACACGUGGAAGACGACAGUCGAUAUCAGAGAGCACGACAGAGGUUGUCCCUAAAGCAAAGACUCCCUCACAGAAGAGUCAACAAUCUCAGUCAACCAAAAGCACAAGAAGAAGAACAAUACAGGUUUUGCAAUCUGAAGAAGACUCGGCUUUUGAAGCUGCACACAGAUUGAUCUCUGUCCCAUCUCCAGGAUCAGAAAUAUCACAGAGAUCUCCAGAUAGAAUGUCAACCAGAUCUAGCGUCAAUAGCCCACUAACAAGCAUAAAAGACUCAGAGAGCAGCGAAGAAGAAGAGGUAGGCAGAAAUAGAUCAUCUAAGCAAGCAAGUAAGAGAACAGGGAGAAAGUCUUUGGCAGUUGAGAAGAUAGUGGAUGAAUCGACAGUCAGCAAGCGCAAGAGUCGUCGUCUCACCAGCAGCACACUCCCAACGGCUAUAGUGAGUGAGUUGCCUGAGAAGAUCAAGACUGGCAAGGCAUCUCGAAAGUCAGUUGUGUCGUCAAAGCUUUAUGCUGAUACAGAGACAGGGUUGUCCACGCCCCCAGAAUUUGGUGCUACUCGUCGUGCGCGGACUUCAAAGAAAGGAAGUAUUGCCUCCACUUCAAUAUUGCUCUUGGAGGAUUCAAAAGAAUUACUGGACGAAGAAGAGGAAAUGGUCCUGGAAGGUGGAGGGGAUGUGUUUGAAAGUGUAGAUGACGGUGAGUUUUUAACAGAGUUCAUCUAUAUGGGUAACAUUUCAUCCUUACUUGCUUCUGAAUUCAAUAUUUUUCUUUUAUUCUCUCCUUUUUUGAGAGCCUUCAACCAUAUAGGUGACAUUUCCUCCUUGCUCCACUUUCGAUUAGGGCACAGGGGCCUGGCAGACUUGACAGUCCUUCAACCGGAGGACCUCCCACACUGCACACCGUCCUUCACAGUUGACACAAGGCCAUCGUGUUAG